CCCGCCAUGGGGAAGACCAACAGCAAGCUGGCCCCAGAGGUGCUGGAGGACCUGGUUCAGAACACCGAGUUCAGCGAGCAGGAGCUGAAGCAGUGGUACAAGGGCUUCCUGAAGGACUGCCCCAGCGGCAUCCUCAACCUGGAGGAGUUCCAGCAGCUCUACAUCAAGUUCUUCCCCUACGGCGAUGCCUCCAAGUUUGCUCAGCACGCUUUCCGCACCUUCGACAAGAACGGCGACGGCACCAUCGACUUUCGGGAGUUCAUCUGCGCCCUUUCGGUCACUUCCCGCGGCAGCUUCGAGCAGAAACUCAACUGGGCCUUCGAGAUGUACGACCUGGACGGCGACGGGCGCAUCACGCGCUUGGAGAUGCUGGAGAUCAUCGAGGCUAUCUACAAGAUGGUGGGCACCGUGAUCAUGAUGCGCAUGAACCAGGAUGGGCUCACGCCCCAGCAGCGUGUGGACAAGAUCUUCAAGAAGAUGGACCAGGAUAAGGAUGACCAGAUUACUCUGGAGGAGUUCAAGGAGGCGGCCAAGAGUGACCCAUCCAUUGUGCUGCUGCUGCAGUGUGACAUGCAGAAGUAG